AUGGCCUCGCCGCGCGCCUCGCGGUGGCCGCCGCUGCUGCUGCCGCUGCUGCUGCUGCUGCUGCCGCCGACCGCCCCCGGGACGCGGGGCCGACCGCCCUUCCCAGCCCGCAGCACGCCGAGCGGGGCGCCCCUCGCUGGCGCGGAGCUGCCGCUGCCGCCCGAGCCCGGCCCGGAGCACGAUCUGCAGCCGCCGCCGCCCACAGCGCCCCGGGAGCACCGCGGGCCCGCGCCCCCCGGCCCCAACCAGACGGCCCUUGUGCCAGACGCCGCGACGCAGCGGGGACCCUCGGGCCGGGCCCCGAGAGGCGGGAGCGCGGCUACUGUAAGGAACCACUGGGCAGAAAACAACACUGAACCCCACGUAGAAAACAUCACCUUUGCUCAGAAUCAAGUGGACUUUUCCACAGUGGCUUCCAAAGAGGGUGUGAUGGUUCAGAUCCCCAGCAAGAGACAUGCUCCUUCAGAUGCUCCAGAAAACUUGACUCCCCAAACUGAAACAGCACAUGCUAGAGGAAGAAACAGCUCUUCGAGGAGAACAGAUGUCACCGUUUCCCCUGUGGGGCCUGCGAUAGUGACAGCUCUGACUUCCAAAAGCAGCACCUUAGCCUUGGGAAGGCUUCACCUGCCAUCAAGCAGUGCAGGGUCAGAAGGAAGAAGUGCCCCUUCUCACACAGAGAGCAGAACAUCUCAGGGUUCCCUGGCGAGGGGGAAGGGGCUCCCCGAAGAAACGACUGCGUACACCCGAGUGGCCACUUCUGUUUUGAGCCAGUCCUCUCUUCCUACUUUGGAGAUGGGAGAAGAGACCACACUCUCCAGGAAGAGAAAUUCCCCAGGCCCAGAGCUCUUCUGGCUGCGUUUCUCUAGGACAGCAGCUUCCUCCCCUCAAUCAGAUCGUUCCACAGGUUCUGGAAGUAUGGAGGAGCUAAACAACUCCACUGCUCUCCGAAGCCCCUCAGUCAGUCGGACAAAGAGUGUGCAUGUUGCCACCACAUUCCCCAGUGGUGUCCCAAGGGUGAUCCAGUCUUUAGCUGUCAGUCUGGGACCCUUAAACGAGACAGAGACUUUCCCUGAGGAUUCUGAAAUUGCCAUGACUUCAGCAUCAGUCCAUUCUUCACCCUCUGAGGCAGAAUUGAGAAGAAACAGUGAAAUAAUCAGGAAUCCAGGGGUUGGGGAAUCCAGUGAGCUGUCCACAGAAAAUGGACUUGGGCUUACAUCUUCCAAGGUUUCAGUGGGAUUUUGGCAAAAUGAUUCCCCAAUCUCCGAAGGACACCAGCUGGCCAGCAGCUCUGAUGCAGCGAAUGGAAGCCCCAUGUCUCAGACUGAGACUGUACCUGGAUCAGUCCCGUCUGUCAGAGGCGGAGAGCGCAUUGCACGCUGGUUCUUGAGCAACACCAAGACAUUCGCAGAUGUGACAGGAAGCUCCACUUCCUAUCCUGAAGUUGUGAACUCUUCGGUUUUGAGCCAGUUCUCAGCCUCUGCCCCACAGUCCAGAGGAAGUGAUACAGCGCUGGGUGAAAGGAGUUACUCUGAGCUGGCCGCAGACUUAUCCUCGUCCUCAGAAAGCCUGGAGGCCUCCGCACCACGUGGUGAACGCUCGAUCACUGGAAUUAGCUACGAUCAAGUGAGUGGCACUGAUAUGGAACAGAGGACUUCCAGCGACCACAUGGACCACACCUAUGUCUCAUCUCCGUUCACCAAGGGAGAACGAGCGUUGCUGUCCAUCACAGACAACAGUUCAUCCUUGGACAUGAGGGAGAGUUCGACCUCUUCUAUUAAGAUCUCAAACUCUUCACAUUCAGACUAUUCUUCCUCUUCUCAGGGUCAGACUGAAAGAAGUAACGUCUCAUCCUAUGGAAGGGAAUAUGCCUGGCCUUCCACUGAGUCACUGGGUCUCCGUUCAGCCAACCUUCCGUCCUACACACCCACCAUGGAUAUGCCAAACAUGGUGGUUCUGGAAGCUGAUACUGGGUCGGUUGGUGACUCGUCUUCGUCAGGGCCCCCUCUGCCCCUGGCCUCAGUGUCGCAAUCCCACCAGUUGUUAUCCUCAACCUUACUAUCCACCAGGGCCUCUGCUCACGGCUCCUCCCCUGAUGCGCCCACACCUUUGUUUUCCUCGCCACCACCUUUGCCAGGCUCCCUGACAGUCUCUUCCCCUGGCUCACCAUCUGUGUCCCAGACAACCCUGCCACCUUCAUUUUCUACCUUGGCCCCACCCAGGGCAAGGGACACUUCUGUGACUGCGGUUCGGACAUUGACAAUGACAUCAUCUGUGGCAGUGCUCUCCAGUACUCAGACAGCAGACCCAAAGAACCAGAGCAACCCACCCCACAGGAAAAUGGUUACAGAAUCAAAGGCACCGAGCCUGGAGUCUCUGCCCACUGAGGCCUCCGAAGCUGAAACAAUGAGCUCUAGUUCGAGGACCCCUCUGCCCCCUGUCUUACCAGAGUCCUCCACUGAGCAAACCCUUCCAGCCACGAGCACCAGCUUAGCCCAAAUGCCUCCAGCUUUGACAGCCACCACUCUCGAGGCCUCGCAUCCCCCUGUUACCACUCCCAGUCCCCAGUCAAGCACUGCACCUCUGAUGGCCGGCCCCACAACAGUACAGACUAUGGCCGGAAAACAGCUCUUGCCAACCAGUCCUGGAAUUCUAGUGCCACAAAUCUCAACAGAAGGUGCUGUCACCACCAAAAGGAACCAAGUGCAUACAGAGGCUACUACCCGAUUGAUCCCCCUGACUGCUGUACCCACAUCAGCAAAAGUGUUGACCACAGGGCUUGGCAUUUCAGAACAGUACAGUCCAGCUUCACGUUUCCUCAGAACAUCUCCUUCUCCCCAAACCGCAGAUGUUCCUACAGCUGAAGUGUUGCCUCCCAAACCCACCACCUUCCCUGCUCAGAGCAGCUCGUACUCCCCAUCGGCCCCGUUGUCUCCAGCCUCAGGGAACAGCUGUGCCCCUAACCCUUGUCUUCAUGAUGGGACGUGCGUUGUGGACCCCAGCAGCCAUGGGUAUCGAUGCGUUUGCUCAUCUUCCUGGCAAGGACAUGACUGCAGUGUGGAUGUGGAUGAGUGCCUCUCGACCCCCUGCCCUUCCCUCGCCACGUGCAACAAUACUCAGGGAUCCUUUACCUGCAGAUGCCCAGUUGGAUACCAGCUGGAGAAAGGAAUAUGCAACUUGGUGAGAACCUUCGUGACAGAGUUUAAAUUAAAGAAAAUGUUUCUUAAUACCACCAUGGAAAAACAUUCAGACCUGCAUGAAGUUGAAAAUGAAAUCACCAAAACAUUAAAUGUGUGCUUUUCAGCGUUACCUGGUUAUACCCGAUCCACAGUUCGUGCUUCUAGAGAGUCCAGCGUGGUGGUCAUGUCACUGCAAACCACCUUUUCCUUGGCUUCCAAUGUGACGCUGUUUGACCUGGCUGACAGGAUGCAGAAAUGUGUCAACUCCUGCAGGUCCUCUGCUGAGGUCUGCCAGCUCUUGGGAUCUCAGAGGCGGAUCUUUAGAGCGGGCAGCUUGUGUAAGCGGAAGACUCCAGAAUGUGAUAAAGAGACCUCCAUCUGCACCGAUCUGGAUGGUGUCGCGCUGUGCCAGUGCAAAUCGGGCUACUUUCAGUUCAACAAGAUGGAUCACUCCUGCCGAGCAUGUGAAGACGGAUAUAGGCUUGAAAAUGAAACCUGUAUGAGUUGCCCAUUUGGACUUGGUGGUCUCAACUGUGGAAACCCCUAUCAGCUUAUCACCGUGGUGAUCGCAGCAGCAGGCGGUGGGCUUCUGCUUAUCCUAGGCAUUGCCCUCAUUGUUACGUGUUGCCGAAAGAAUAAAAAUGACAUAAGCAAACUCAUCUUCAAAAGUGGGGAUUUUCAAAUGUCCCCGUAUGCUGAGUAUCCCAAGAACCCUCGCUCACAAGAAUGGGGCCGAGAAGCUAUUGAGAUGCAUGAGAAUGGAAGUACCAAAAACCUGCUCCAGAUGACAGAUGUGUAUUACUCGCCCACAAGUGUAAGGAAUCCUGAACUUGAACGAAAUGGACUCUACCCGACCUACACUGGAUUGCCAGGAUCACGGCAUUCUUGCAUUUUCCCGGGACAGUAUAACCCAUCUUUCAUCAGUGAUGAGAGCAGGAGGAGAGACUACUUUUAAGGGAGAAGACAGAGGGGCUCAUUGCUCUGAGCGAGGGCUGGGGACCUCUGUUGCUCAGAGGACUGCACCAGGGGGGCACCGCCGGCUGGCUGCUCCCAGGACUUGGGGAGCCACCCUGAAGUGGCAGGAGAAAGUGGGACAGGCGAGAGGGGCAUGACCACCGUGGGCGGGGACAGAUGGAACCUGUGGACAUGGCACUGCAGGCUGCUCAUUCGUUACUGUGAAUGUGAACAUAGGCCAGUACCAGGAGCGUCUCUGAGGGACUGCAGCUUGGCCACUGGCUCCAGGGACCACGUCAGCUAGGGCAGAUCGUUAGGCACCGUUGCAAGGACCCAGUUUUUCUCUUAGUUUGCACUUUAGUCAAUUGGGUAGUGAGAGCUCCCUUUGGAUGCUUUUCAAGACUGGUCCAGAAAGACCUCUUUUCCCCAGGCGCUUCCAUAGGCCUCAAUUUGGUGAAUAAUUUACAGCAAAAUCCUGGUUUUUUAGUUGUUUUCCUGUCAGUACCCAUGUGCUAACCAACCUGAGUGGUUUGGAGAAGCUGUAGGUUAACUUAACAAUAUUUUAAUAUGUUUCUAGGUCGUCUAGUGCUACGGUUUCCAAGCCAACCUCCCAAAAUGAAGAAUUGAGUCACAGCACAGAACUCCAGUUUGUGUUUUUAGUCAGGGUGACGCUGAUUUCAGAGUAUGUUUUCCCGUUGCCAUUAAAUCUCAGAUAAGUCUGGGUCAGGGCAAAAUGACUGCCUUUUGGUGUUAGUUAGAGGCAUCCAGCUGCCCCGUAGUGAGGGCCAGCGAGCAGCAAGGGGCACUGGCGCUCAGGCAGGCCCUGGACCACGUUACAGAGCUGCAGGGGCUGGGGCACGGCAUGCUGUUGGGGACUCUGAUCUUCACCUUGGAGGCCGAGGCGCUACCGGUGGAGUAGGAAUGGAAAGCCGAGUGCAGGUGGGAUCUGAGCUGGUAUUUCACCACUAAAGGGAAAGCAGCUGGUGUAGUCCCUCCAGCUGACUGUGGUUAGAGGAGUGGGCUGAAUACGCAAGCUCCAUUUCCUGAAACACCAGGGCUUUGUGAAGCCGUGUGGAUGCCUGAGGAAGACUAGAGCUGGGAUGGAGCCACAUGUAAGUCUGCUUACCUGCUAGUGCUGCGUCUUUGCUUCAAUCCCUGGUCUUGUCCAUAACCUCAGUGUAAACUUUUCAACCAAUUGCUCAAAGCUAUUUAUUCGCUGAAGGCAUAACUUAUUUUCACUCAUCCAAUAAUUUGUAUCUUUUUACUACUACGUAGUGCCCUCCAGAAAUAUGAUUGUAAUUCAAGUCAGCAUUGGAGAACUAAAGACUCCUGGCCAGGUAGGGGGUUGAGAGUUUGCCUAUAGGAAGGAAAUUCCACGUAUCUUAUUUAUUAUGCCUGUGACGUGGGUCCUAAGAGAGCAGCACAUCCAGUGCUCAGUGUCUUUACCUGCUUCUUGUGGAACUGUGAUUAUUCUCGUCCCCUGCUUUUGAAGUAUCCUAGUUUUGAAUGAAGUGAAGAGAACACAGAGAAUUGUGUUCUCACCCUGUGACUUGCAGCUCAGUGGCACUCACAUUUUUGGAAAUGGGGUAACCUUUGGGGACAGUUCUGUCCUGGGCAUGGUGGUUUCUUCAAGGUUUUCUAAUCUCUUCAGAAUGUAUCUAAUGCUUAUUCUUAUGUAAUCCUCAUCCUGACAGUUGUAAAUGCAAACUCCUCUAUCCCGUGUCUCCACAAGCCCUCACCCUUUGCAGCAGGUACACUAGUCAGGGGUGAGGCCUCUUAGUAGUUAAAUUGCACUCAUCUCAUGAGAUAGAUACAAAAAGAAUUCUGUUUUUGUCAGUGGAUGCCAACUGAAAAUUUCAGAGCAUGUCUUUUUUGAAACCUUGGGUCUUGCAUCUUUCUGUUGACACAUUCAAACAGCCCUUUGUGCCUCAUGGCUGCACAUCUACCUAGACACUUCCAGGCUCCUACACUCAGCUCACCUGAGCCAAUAGACUUGAUCCCUCCUGAGGUGGCCCAGCUUCCUGGCUCUUGAUCAGAUCCUUGCUCAUCCCCAGAGCCACAGUGGGGGCGCCAUUCCCAGGCAUAUGUGUCUCCCCGCUUUAGCGGACAUCACAGCUGACAAAUCAUCUCUGAUAUCAGUGCGAGAAGCUAUAAGUUCCACAAAAUGAAGUGUUCUGUCCCAGAAGCAUUCUUGAGAAGAAUCCCAAAGUCCAGAAAGGAAUGUCCUGUGAGUUCCAAGGAUGCUUUCCUGUGAAUGGAUUUUGUGCAUAUGAAGUAGAUUAAGAAUGUUGUUUUUCUUUUACUGUGAAAAAAGCAGGCACCCUGCAAGGUUGAGUUCACGUAGUAUCUGCAAUUUCUAGAGGGCAUGUGGGGGUGGGGAAGGUGCAUCUCUAGAGUGCGAGGGUCUAAGGCAUGAAAACAUGACUGUACGGCAAUGACAACUGCCCACCCUGGGCGAGGAAGGGCGGGGCUGACUUGACUUCUGCUUGGGGUUACUACCUCCAGCGGGGUCCUGCCUGGGCCCAGGGGAAACACCUGCUAGGACAGCCGCAGCCUCUGGACUGAAGGGUCAGGGCUGGAUGUACCCCUGGCAAGCAGAAGUCUCAGCUCGGGCACAGGAGCUCGGUAUCAGCUCCCGCACUUGGAAUGUGUGAUUCGUGCACACAGAAAUGCCAAGGUCCUGUUUCAGGGCCCCGCAGCUGGGAGAAGUGGGAGGAAGGGAAAAUGACUAUUUUCUGCCCAGGAGACACUUAAACUUCUGUAGGGAUGGAACCCAUGCGUCCCGUGGCAUACUGGAGCGAGAUGACUCUGCAGGGCCGUGAUCACCUGCUGGCCUCCCAGCACCUGUGGGUUUUGCUUAAGCUCCUAAACAAAAGGUCUUAUUUCUCAAGUCUUUUCCUCUGACUUGAGACAGCCGGGGCAUUAGAGACAAAAUAGGAAGUCUGAAUAGUCCUAGCUAGCCCCUCCGGCAUUCCCACCAUGGCCAGGCUCCCUGCAAGAUAUUUGGCCUCACCACACCCUUUGUGAGGUGGGCACGAGAGUGUCCAUUUCUUGGAUAUGGGAACCUUCAGAAAGGGCAAAUAUUUUCCCUUGGAGAACCAGGGUUCAAACCCUUCUGCCAGGCUUGCUCUUCCCACUGUACCUCCCUGCCUCACCUUCCUGGUGAUGCCUCACCAUCCAGAGUACUUUAAAUGUCAAAGAGGAUGUGAGAGAGUGGGCUUAAAGUGUAAGUUAAUUUUUAUAAAGAAUCUUAAUAUUAUUAAGCAGUCACUAAACUAAUAAUAUGAAGAGCAAAACAUGUCGAAUCCCCUUUUGAAAAAGUCCUUUCAGGUUUGUUGUUACACGUAUUUCUUGAACACUUGUGGUCAUCAUGAACAAAAUAGUGGCUGGCUCGUACUUAGCAAGAAGCAUAUUGGUACGUGGCUUUGGGUGUAGGAGGUAUAAGGAGAUGACCUGGGUUUUUGACAAACAGCCAGACUUAGCCGUCCAUCUGAGGGCCACUUUGCCUUUUUCCUGUGGUGAGGCCCUGGCUCCCACUUACUGGAAUUAUAGUUUUUUUAAUGUUGUCAGAGUUGGGAAAAUAUCAGUUGAAUGUUGUAAAUGCUGACAAAUCUUCCUCCUUUGACAAAAGUUUAUUUUCAGAAGCAGUUAAGUCAUUUAGAGCCCAAAUUGCGAGUGGAUAGUGUAAUCAAGCUGGCUGAUAAGGUUUAGGGUCAAAGUCUAAGAUGUGAUUAUUAAGUUCUUGAAAAGGUAACGGUUCAUGUAAGCCUAAAAGGGAGGGCAGCAUCUUUGCAAUAUAGGGCUCAAUGGCUGCCCAAGAAAAUGUCUUUGAAGGAUGAUAUUUAUGCAGAUGUGAAAGUCCCAGAGCAGACAUGGUAGGGACAUCCUUCGCACAUGACUUUUGGAGACCUCUACUAAGCCAUCUUGCCCACUGGUGAAGUGCCUGGGUGCCCUGUAGCUCUACGAACUUUGCCUGGAAAAGCUAGAAUUGUAUAGUCCAGUUGCUCCUGGCUUAGUUUAGCCUAACACACUCAAAACCUGGGUUUGACCCAUAGUUCUAAAAUACUCACACUGAUUUCAAAACUAAAGCACUUUGGAGAGAGGGAGAAUUUCCAUAUUUUGCAUCUUGUUUAAGACUACCCUUAAUAUCAGAUUUUUUUUUUCCUAUGUGGAAACUUUUGUGGGGAUUAGAAGGGACAUUCCAUUUCCUUCUUGACAAAGCAUCAUUCUGGGGUCUUCAUGUGCAUUUUUUGGCACAGAUACACAGUUUUGUAGAGUUGGUUUUUGAGUACUAUAUGUGUUCUUUUUAAAUUUCCUCUCUUUUUGCGAAUCCCAGAGAAGGAAACUGGUUAAAAUACUAGGAACAUUGAAGUAUUAAAUGUCAGUUCAUUUGUUGUGCUAAAGUAUCUUUUCAAUAAUGUUACAAUCCAUCGUGUUUGGUGUAAACUGCUCACAGAAAAACUCGUGAAACCGAAAGGGACAACUUAGGUCUGAAAAGAGACUAAUCUUAGCCUGAUUCUGUCCCAUUGGCAUUUUUAAAGAGGACAGAUUAGAUUCUGGUUUUAUCAUUGUUUUGUGGCCACGUCUAAUGCACUUCAGGUGUAAUCAUUGGGUAGGAAGGAUGGGACCACCCAGGGAUAUGAUGGAUCCAGUCUACCUGCGAAACUAACCUGACUCACUUAUCUUUCUGUAUUACCUUGGCCUGUUUCUUUAAAAAAAAGAUCUUUCAUCAUGGGUGGCUGUUAAGUUUUCUUAAGAUUUGUGUUGCUGGAUUUAUGGUUAAAUGAAGCAUGCAGUUGGAAUAUGAACUUUCUGAGUUUUCACGUCCUGGAUUUCUCUUUGCAAUCCUUUAAACCUUAGCCCCUGGUUGAUUGUGUUAAAUCCAUUAUGAGAAUGUUAUUUAAAGUUGUAUUAUAAUUACAACCUCCACUAAUUAUUCAGUACUGUAGCAGCAAAGUAUUAUUUGUAAGAAUUUGGUUAUUUUUAUACUUAUCCACUAUAAGUCUGGCGUUCUAGUCAGUAAAA